AUAAAGGUUGAGAAUUAGUAGAUGAUCGUAAUUAAGAAUCAACGAUUACAUUGAAACAUAUUUCAAGUAAACGUUCGGCAGGCAGGCAUAUCAUUGUCAAAACAAAAAGUGGGCUGAGUUACGGUGUAGUGUUCUUGAUUACCAACGUUUUUUAGUUUAGUGAUGUUUUGUUAGAGAAUUUUCUGAACAAACACAUUAUGUCGAGUGUGACCAUGGCUGCCGAUUCAACUCAAUGCGGUGACUAUUCUCGCAAAAUGACGAAACCGAACGAAAAAGUCGUGAAGAAGAAACGAAAGAAGUUCAACUCCACGCCACCAAGUUCAAGCAGCAGUAACAGUAGCAGCGAUAGUGGCAGUGGUAGUGGGGGGGAGAGUUCCUCCAGUGCUUCUGAUAAUGAUUGUAGUAGUAGUGGUUCCUCAUCAUUAUCGUCGCCCAGUUCAUCUUCCGGCGGGAGGCAAAAAAGAGAUGCCAAGAAAAAAUCGAGUAAAACUUCUAAAGGUAGGAAGCGGGCAAGCUGUGAGAGUGAGUGUGAAUCUGACCUCGACCUGAACAAAGAAUUGCUGCCCAUUGCUGGCUACAUGGAUGACAAGAAGCAGAUGGUGGACAACAUGUUUAAAAGCAUCAGCAGCAUCAAACUCAGAACAAUGUUGCCAGAGAUUUUGAAGGUUGCUACUGUUAUUAUCAUUUGCUAUUAA